GGACUGACUUGAGGGAGUUCGCUGUUUCCACAUGACAUGAAAUGUUUGAUAAGAAUCGUGAAAGAAAAUCCAUUUAUUUUGUGCUUAUACAGGGUGCAGAAAGGAAAAUUAGGCAUUUCCAUGCAUAGAAAUGGAAAUAGCUCUGUGGUCCUUCUGUUCAUGGAGAAGGCCAAAUGGGCGACCCUAGCGAUCACGGGUCUUUUUCUAUCACAUGGAUGCCCACAUGAUAGUCAAGGCCAUUGCUUAGAGCGGUGACCCAUAAGCAAAUCAAACCCCAAAUUUCAAUCGCUGCCCAAAGUUGUUGAAAUCUGAUGGCUGAGUUUUACCUUCCAAGUCAAAAAACAGAGUCGGGAUGGGGAGGAAGAAGAAAAACAAGUGCAGAAUCACGUUACUUUUUAGCUUCGUCUGUGACUUCUUGCGGCAGAUAACAACAAAGUUCUUUUUUUUUUCUCUGGGGAAAAGUUUCAAACACCUGGUGGGCACUGGGCAUAGCUCAUUUCAGCGAAAUUUUCUGCCACCAUUGGCCGUUUGGCAGUAGUUGAGAACCCAAAGAGGAAAUUGGAGCUGACAUUUCAGCUUUAUGGCCACGCAGUAGGAUUGAAGGAAAGUUCUUCGGCCACGGCCAACAGAAUAGCCUUUUAUACUACAGGAUACUAUGACCUACAGAGAGUGUGUGUUUGUCAGAGCUUAAUGGCAAACCAGGUUGUCUUUUCUUAAGGAAUAAAGAGCCAAUCCAGAGCAGUUAGCUCGCUGUGAGCUGCCACUAGCUUUUGCAGCUGUUGUGGGUCAGAGAGCUUUGGAGUAGAACAACUAUACAUUCAUCCUGCUUUUAUUCUACAGCAGGAACUGCAAAAUAUGCAGGCCUCAAAGCCUAAAAAUUUGGAAGCACCGAUGAGAAAACCUCGACCCACUCGGCAGCUGAAAGCACCGGGAUCAGAUUCUGUUUCAGCUUCAUCGUCUCUAGUUCCUCCAAGUAAAAUGACAAAGGAAAGAAUUCCUAAAACUGUUGUUCAGAAAUCAGUCCAGAGUUCAGUACUUGAGAAAAAACGCCCAAAUCGAGUUUCUACAAUGGAAUCACAGAUUACUCAACUUCAAGAUGAACUGAAAAAGGCGAAGGAUCAACUGAACUCCUCUGAGUCGGGGAAGAGGAGAGCAAAAGAGGAAGCUGAAGAGGCUAAGCAGCAGCUUAAAGCCAUGUCCUCAGAGCUCGAGGAGUCCAGACAGCAGUUGCUUGAGCUUUCUGCAUCUGAAGACGAACGGAUUCAAGAACUUCGUAAAAUUUCGCAGGAUCGAGAUAGAGCAUGGCAGUCUGAACUCGAGGCCCUCCACAAGCAGCAUUUAAUGGACUCUGCUGCAUUGGCUGUUUCCAUGAAUGAAAAUCAGAAGCUUAAGGUUCAGCUGGAAAGGAUAGCUGGUUCGGAGGUGAACCAGAGUAGGCAUGCGGAGUCUGCACAUGCUGAGAUUCAGAGCCUCAGAAUAGAACUCAAAGAAACACUCUCACUGGUGGAGGAACUCAAAACCAAGCUUUCUGAUUAUGAAGAUUCUGAAACUCAGGCGCUUGAAGAUCUCAAGAAAACACAAAUGGAAUUGGAAACCGCAAAUGCAACGAUUGAAAUGCUUCGAUUGGAGGGAACCAAAGACAUGAAAGCGUUCAGCUCCCUAUCCUUGGAGUUGGAGGAGUCCAAAGAAAAAGUUACAUCAUUGGAGGGUCUUGUUUGCAAAUACCAGGAUGAUUUGGCUGAAAUUGCCAAGAAAAAUUUGGAGGAUCUUUCUGAAAGUAAGAACGAUGACAAGGAUGAUGGAGAAAACGAAUAUACUAAUCAGCUUAAAACUGAGCUUAAUUGUGUUAUAUCUGAAAUGGAUCAAUUGAGACUCGCAUUAGAUGCUGCUGAUAGAAGGUACCAGGAUGAAUAUCUUCGGAGCACCUUACAGAUCAGAAGUUCUUAUGAAGAAGUGGAAUCCAUUAAAUCAGAAUCACGCCGAAAAGAGGCUGCAUUUGAAGCUGAGCUCACUCAAGCCAAGGCACAAAUCGAGCAACUGAGGACGCAUCUCAUUGAUAAGGAAGCUCAACUUCUGAGCAUUGCCAAGGAGGAUGAAACUUCAAACUCAAAUCAGAAAAGCAAAGGUGAAAGUGAAUCCAAUCUUUCGGAACAGCUGAAGAAGUUAGAGGCCGAUGUUGAGGAGUUGAAGGCAAGCCUGCUAGAUAAAGAGACAGAGUUGCAAGGAAUCAUCGAGGAAAACGAUACGCUUCGAGUGGACAUUAAGAAAAUGGAAACAGAAUGGAAGAUAACCAACGGUGAAACUACUGAUAUGGAAGAACCAGCAAAAUCUGCAAAUGAAGAGACUCUGGACAAGCUCGGCAGUGUAACUGAACCGAACUGGAGCAAGAGAAGAGGAAUUUUGGAAACCGAGCAACCUGAGACUGUCCAAAGCAAAAACUCAGAAAUGGAGGCAGAAUUAAGGAGGUUAAGGGUGCAGUUAGACCAAUGGAGGAAGGCAGCUGAGGCAGCUGCUGCAAUGCUCUCACCAGGGAAAGAUGGAAAAGUUGUAGAGCUUUCAGGUCCUAUUGACAGCAACUAUCCUCUCGGCCCGUUCUACUCCGAAGACCUCGAUGAUGACUCGCCGAAGAAGAAGAACAUCAACAUGCUGAAAAAGAUUGGUGUUUUAUGGAAAAAGAGUCAAAAGUAGAUAGAAAAUUCCAUCAGCAUUUUCCCUGAAGUACUAUGCAAAUUGGGUUGGCUUCUUCUCUUUUAUAAUUUUGGCUUGGAUUAAUACUUGAUAGGCAAGCAAAUAUUUUAUUUGGAACUGUAUAGUUGUUCAAACUGGUAAGUUUUGAUUUGUUACAAAUUGAAUUCCUGAUGCUCUUCUGCAAGGCAAAA